GAUGACCAAGAAGAACACACCAAGACGGUGUCCGAAAAGCAAAGGUGUCAAAAAUAGAUCAGCGGCUGUUGCCGCGUUAAGUAGUCAGUGCGGCGAUGUCGACGACGAACGACGGUUCGACGGCACAGUGCGGGUGCCGGUGCUGUGGCAAAAGACAACAUCAUCCUUUACCAAGGAUAACGACAUUGCUGUUUAUUGCGUUUUUGGUGUUAACACCAGUGGGUUGGUUAGGUAACGCGGGUGGUAUAAGCGAUGCGGCAUUAUCAUCAUCGACCACAAGGGGUGGAGUGAAACAGGAUCAGCAUGAGUCGUCGUCGUCCCGAGGAGGAAGCCAUACAAGAAGUGGUGGUGGUGGUGGUGAUUAUGCACGAGCAUCAAGUCAAAGGGAAGCUGAUCCAGUCAUCGAGGAAGUAACUGCAAAACAACUCGAACGACUACUCAAUGAGAAGGAUUUUGUCGCCGUUUAUUGGUAUGCCAGAAGUUGUACAACAUGUGAUAAAGUUCUUGCUGAAUUAGAGAAAAUUGACGAUGACACUGAUACAUUUGGAGUUGAUUUUGUCAAAAUCAAUGACAAACGUUUGGCGAAGCAGUAUGGCAUUAAGACAUUUCCCGCACUCACAUAUUUUAGGGAAAAGGAACCAAUUAUAUACGAUGGAGAUCUUAUGGACGAGGAAAAUGUUCUGGAGUUCUUGACGAGCUUGGAGGCCAUGGACUUACCCGACCGCAUCGAGGAAGUUAACUCGAAAAUUCUGGGGAAAAUUGUCGAAGAAACAGAUUUUUUAGCAGUUCUCUUCUGUCCUGAUUCGGAGCAUUGCGCUGGAGCUGGUUCCAACAAACCGGACUGUAAGAAGUGCGCAAAGGCCCUUCAGGAACUGGAGAACAUCGAUGACGAGGCCGAUCAAUUGGGUAUCGGAUUCGUUAAGAUUGCAGACGAACGACUCGCCGAGGAGUACAAUCUCGGACAGCUUCCUGUUUUGGUCUACUACAGACAUCAAAUACCAAUCGUUUAUGAACACGAAUUGAGUCGAGAAGAAGAUGUCUUGGAGUGGUUGGUUGCAAAUAAAAGUACAGGAGACGAGGAAGAUGUUAUUGAAGAUGUGACUGCAAAGACGCUCAACACUCUCAUUGGAAACAUCGACAAUCUGGUCGUACUCUUCUACGAUCAUGGUGAUGAGGAUUCGAUGCAAGUUCUUCAUGAACUCGAGAAGAUUGAUGAUGAUUGCGACAAGCACGGAAUUCAGUUUGUUAAAAUUGAUGACGACAAAGCGGCAAAAGAAUUUGGAAUCGAUACAGUGCCUGCAAUUGUAUACUUUGAGAAACAGCUACCAAAUGUAUACGAUGGCGAUAUUGAAAAUGAAGAUGAAAUUCUUGAAUGGCUAUUAUCACAACUUGAAAAAGAUGAAAUUGAAGAUGUUACAGAUGAAAUGUUGGAUCGAUUAGUCAAAGAGGGAAAAACAUUAGCAGUUUUAUUUUAUGACAAUAAUGAUCGCAAAUCACAAAGAGUUUUAAAUGAACUCGAAAACAUUGAUGACGAAUGUGAUCAAUUGGGUAUAAUUUUUGUAAAAAUUGAUAAUUCCGAAGAGGCCAAGGAAUAUGGCAUAGAAAAAGUUCCCAGUUUACUUUAUUUUGAAAAAGGAAUACCAGCAUUAUAUGAGGGUAAUUUAGAGGAGGAAGAAAAAGUACUCAAGUGGCUUGAACAUCAGCAAAAAAGCGAUCAAAUUGAGGAUAUAACUGACGAAAUGCUUGACAUGGUUAUUGAAAAAAUGCCUCAUGUUGCUGUACUUUUUUAUGACAAAGAUCAAAAGAAGAGUCAAAAAGUUUUAUCAGAAUUGGAAAAUAUUGAUGAUGACUGUGAUCAACAUAAUAUUGCAUUCGUUAAAAUAGACGAUGAAGAUGAAGCUAAAGAAUAUGGAAUCGAUGAAGUUCCAACGCUUGUAUUUUUUGAAAGAAAAAUACCCCAUAUUUAUGAAGGUGAUCUUAUGAAUGAGGAUCAACUUUUGGGUUGGUUGUUACAUCAGAAAAAACAUAGCGAAAUUCCAGAAGUCACUGAUGAAAUGAUGGAGAAAUUAAUAGAAACAACUCCCUAUUUGGCUGUACUUUUUUAUGACAAGAACGAUAAACAGGAUAUGAGAAUUUUGAAUGAAAUGGAAAAUAUUGAUGAUGAAUUGGAGAAAGCUGGAAUUGUUAUUGUUCGUUUGGAUAAUGAAGCGGAAGCUAAGGAAUAUGGUAUUGAUCAUUUACCAACGUUGGUCUACUUUGAAGGAAAGAUUCCAGCAAUUUAUGAAGGUGAUCUCCUUAAUGAAGAUGAGGUACUUAAAUGGUUAAUUGAACAAAAAGAAUCGGCAACCAUUGAAGAAGUUACAGAUGAAAUUUUAACAGAUCUCAUUGAGGAGCAUGAGUACGUCGUUGUAUUUUUCAGUGGUGAUUGCGAUGAUGGUGACGAAUGUGAUAAAGUACUAAAAGAGCUGGAAAACAUUGACGAUGAAUUAGACGAAACAGGAAUAGUAUUUGUCACAACUGAAGAUACAUCAAUGGCGAAAAAACAUGGAAUCAAAUCAUUUCCCACUCUUGCCUUCUUUAGAAAUAAGGAACCACUCAUAUUCAAAGGAGAUUUAGACGAUGAAGAUGAAGUAUUGUCAUGGAUUACUGAUGAAAAUACUCUUGAAAUUCCUGGCAAAAUUGAGGAAGUAAAUAGUCGUAUGCUGGAAAAUAUUCUAGAGGAAAAUGAUUACGUUGUUGUUUUCUUCUAUAAGGAAGGAGACAAGAAGAGUCAAAAAAUUCUUCAAGAAUUGGAAAAUAUUGACGAUGAAUGCGAGGAGAAGGACAUUGAUUUUGUGAAAAUAUCAGACGAUGGAAUAGAGAAAGAAUACGAUUUACCGAGUCUACCUGCUUUAGCGUUUUAUAGACACAAAUUUCGACAAAUUUACACUGGCGAUAUGAUGCAUGAGGAGGCAAUUUUAGAUUGGGUUCUUGAUCUUCGUACAUCAACACCGGAUGUAAUUGAAAAUGUUGAUAGAAAAACGUUGCAGGUCCUGAUAAAUGAUGUCGAGCAUCUUGCUGUAUUUUUCUACGACGACAAGUGCGAGUCAUGCCCUGAGAUUUUGGAGGAACUCGAGACCAUUGACGAUGACACGGACAAACAUGGUAUUCAAUUUGUGAAAUCAAAAGAUGCCAAAUUAGCCGCUGAGAUUGGUAUCUUCUCGUUUCCGGCUCUUGUUUACUAUGAGACCGGCGUCCCAAUUAUGUACGACGGAAAUUUACUUGACGAGGCGGAAGUAUUGGAUUGGAUGGUGAAGCAAAAAAAUGACGCGAGUAUUGAAGAAAUUGAUCGUGACACUUUGACAAAGUACAUUGAAACCAAGGAAUUUUUAGCAGUGAUUUUUUAUAAAGAAGAUGAUCCAGAAACGCCAAGAGUUUUGAGACACAUUGAAUUAAUUGAUGAUGAAGCAUCAGAAUAUGGAAUAAAAAUUGUACAAAUGAAAGAUCGUUUAAUGGCUAAAAAAUAUGGAUACAGAAAUCCACCUGGUAUCACAUAUUUUCGAAAGGGUAAAUAUAUAAAUUACGAUGGUGACAUUGAUGAUGAGGAGGAAAUUUUAGAUUGGUUGACAAAUCCCGAAAAUAUGGAACUCACUGAUCAUAUUGAAAGAAUUAAUAGGAAAAUGUUUCAUAAAAUUAGACAAUCAACUGAUUAUCUUGCUGUCUUUUUCUAUAGUAACGACUGUAAACAAUGCAGUCGCGUUCUUUCUGAAAUUGAGCAUAUUGAUGAUGACGCCGAUAGUGCUGGUAUUAAAUUCGUCAAAAUUGAUGACAAACAAUUGGCCAAGGAUUAUGGAGUUUUUGCAUUACCGGGAAUUUUAUUUUUUAAAAUGGGAUCAAAGGAACCUGUCAUCUAUGCUGGCGAUUUAUAUGAAGAGGAACAAAUCUUACAGUGGUUAAUGAUUCAAAAGGAUCCAUCGAGUGAAGUGAUUGAAGCACUGGAAGGCGAGGAUUUACUUCAUCUUAUUCGAGAAUCGGAUUCAUUAGCGGUUUACUUCUGGAACAGAACACUUUGCGACAUGUGCCAAUCAAAAGUUUUCCGCAAGCAGAGACGCCACAAGCAGGAACAGAAGUCUACUGAUGCUGAAACAAAUGAAGAUUCCACUGAUAGCGACGAUUGUGAACAAUGUGCUGGAAUUCUCGAGGAAUUGGAGAAUAUCGAUGAUGAUUGCGAUCGACAUGGUGUACAUUUUGUUAAAACACAAGAUUAUAAAAUAGCAGAGGAUUAUGGAGCCACUGAAUUUCCGGUAUUAGUUUAUUUCAAAAAUCAAGUACCAAAUGUUUUUGAAGGUAGUUUAUCAGAAGAAGAGGAAGUACUUCAAUGGUUAAUUACUCAAAAAACUGAAGAUCGAAUAGAAUUAAUAACAAGAGUAAUGCUAGAAUCAUCUGUUGAGGAUACACAAUAUCUUGCUGUUUAUUUCUAUAAACAAAAUUGUCACAUAUGUGAUGAAAUCUUGGAAGGAUUAGAACAAAUUGAUGAUGAAUGUGAUUUAUUUGGCAUUCAUGUUGUCAAAAUUCAAGAUCCCCAACUUGCCAAGAGAUAUUCUAUUAAAACAUUCCCAGCUCUUGUAUACUUUAGAAAUGGAAAUCCUCUUUUGUUUGAAGGUGAUCUUCAAAAUGAAUUAUCAGUUCUUGAAUGGCUUUGCGACGAUGAUGUUCGUGAAUUGAAGGAUGAAAUCGAAGCAGUCAAUGCAAGAAUGUUGGAACGUUUACUAGACGAAUCACCUUUCCUUGCCGUUUUUUUCUUUGAGGAAGGUUGUCCCGAAUGCAACGAAAUAAUAGAAGCUUUAGAGAAAAUCGAUGGCGACGCUGAUUUAUUUGGAAUUGACUUUGUCAAAGUCUCUGAGCCUGAUGCAGCUGAAAAAUAUGGUAUUCUCAAUCUUCCGUCUCUGGUUUACUUCCGUAAGAAGGAGCCGCUUAUUUACGAUGGCGACCUCACUCAGGAAGACAAAAUAUUGUCAUGGCUCACAUCUCAAGAUGUUUUCGUUCUUAAAAAUGAAAUUGACGAAGUUAAUAAGAAAAUGUUGGAUAAACUCUUGGAUGAAAAUGAAUUUCUUGCUGUCUUCUUUUAUGAUCACGACAGCAAAGAGAGUGCCGCAGUGAACGACAAACUUGAAGAAAUUGACGAAGAAACAGAAAACUUAGACAUCACUUUUGUGAAAAUGGCAGAUCCUCGAUAUGCCAGAAAAUGGGGAGUGACAAAACUUCCGGCCAUUGUCUAUUUCCGCAAACGUUUUCCUAGUAUUUAUCGAGGCGACAUUCACAACGAGCAAGAUGUAUUGGAUUGGCUACGAAAGAACAGAUUCCGUCAACCUGAAUUAAACAUAUAUAUGUACAUGUUAAUAGCUGUUGCUAUAUUGUUCGCAUUGUACACUGGAUUUCUACUUUCCUGUUUCCGGACAGAAUCACCAGCACCAGCGGCGCAUCAUCAAAAACAAGCGUGAGCAAAAUAAUGGGAGAGUGCGCGGGUUAUAUAUAUAUAUAUAUAUAUAUACAUAUAUAUGUAUAUACAUGUAUAUAUAUAUAAUAGACUCAAGUAACGACCGUAAGCACCCCCCCAAAGCAACCCUGCGGAGUUAAAACGCAUAUCAAUCGAUCUGUGUGUACUCGAAUGUCGGAAUGCGACUUCGCAUCAAGUCAUGUGGUUAACAACCUCCAAAUUCCGGGCAUUUAAUGGUGAGAGAUGUGAACGCGGUGCACUGUCGCGCAAUUACAGAAUUCCACUUCAAGUUUGCUGAGAAAUGGAAGGGUUCGAAUUUAGAAGAGAUAGAGAGAGAGAGAGAAACGAGAAAUUACUCUAAUUAACAAAGUCCAUAAAAUCGGAUCUUAUAAAUUUUUCUAGCUACUUUAUUCUUCACAUUUUUCUUUUUUGUUAUGACUUUUUAAAUUAUCUUAAAAAAUGACAUCGAUUUAAAUAUUUCAUCAGACAAAAAUUUUUUCAUUCUUUUUUAAUUUUUAUUCUAAUUUCAACAUUGGGGAUAAAUUUUCUUUUUACUUUCGAAACGAAUUCUGUGAUUUUUUUUUUUUUUUUAAAUAUGCGAAAACUUUUCUAUUGAUUGAAAAAAAAGAACACAAACUUUCUGAAUUGAAAUAAGGAAAAUAUUUCAAUCGUUUUAAAAUGUUUGAAUUGAAAAAUAAAUUGUUAGACAUCACAGAAGAGAAAUAUAUAGAUAAUAAAAAAAAAAAAAUAAAAGUCAACUGUUGGGAAUAAUGAGAGUUCUGUAACUCGAAACGAAAAAUUCGAACCAUUAAGAAACAACUAAUAAUUGAAAUAUUUUUUAUUUCUAUAUAAAUUUUUAAUGAUCUAUUCCACAGAAAUAUUUUAUAUAUAUUUAAAAUCAACAAAAUCUAAAACAGUUUUAUCUCCUAUAUUUUUUAUUUAUAGGAUGAAAAAGAAGCUGUUUUUAAAAAUAAUUAAACUCUGUCUACUUAUAGCUAUAUAUAUAUAUAAAAAAAAUAAAAAUCAAUAGAUAUAAUGAUAGUGCAAUAUAAAAUGGAAUACUAAGAUUUUAUUUUAAAGCGUUUCCACCUGAUUGGGAAAAUUAUUCAUCACUUAUUUACAUAUUAAACUUCUAUAUUGAAUAAAAGGAAAUAAAUAACUGUUUUAAAAUUAACUUUGAAAUUAUAUUAUUAUUAGUAUAUUGCUAUAAUUUUUAUUAAAGUUUUGUACACAUUAUAAAAUUAUAACUUAUUAAAAGUGAAUGCAAUGCUUUUAUUUUAAUUCAAUUUUUAAGUUACUUAAAAUUAAAUUUUAAUUAUCAAUUUUGUAUUUAAUUUUUAAAUUAACUUAAAAUUUUCUCUGAAUACUUUUCUCUCAUCAGGUGGUAAAUAAAAAUUCCAAAAAUAUUAUUCCGAUUACAGGAUUGAUAGAACUCUAAAACAAAACUUUUAUGUAUAAUGUAAAAAAAAAGAAAAGUUUUUACCAAUUAAGUUUAAAAAAUAGUAAACACAUCCAUAUUUAGAUUUUUUUUAGAAAAUUUUCUUCUCCUUUUCCAAUUAAUUUGUAUACAUCAAAGUGUGAACCUAGUAUUGUAUAAUAUGAGUAAGAUUAUAGCUUCCAUUUGACUUUGUUAUUAUAAUAUCAGUCUACAAAUUUUAUAAAUAACAGAGAUUAUUUAUAAAUAAUGUAUAAUAUAUGUAAUUGACAUGGAAUUCGAGCCAAUCGUGUUAGGAAUUAAUUAUUUUAAUAAUUUUUUAUGGUAUGUGUAUUUUAUUUCGACCAAUAAUAAUGUUCAUAUAUAUAUAUAUAUAUAUAUAUAUAUAUAUAUAAAAUAUGGUUUAUCUUCCACAUAUUUGCAAUAGAAUGUGAAUAUUAUUCUUUUUGUGUAUAAGGUACACGUAAGGUGCUCGUAUUUAAUUAUGAAAUAAAAGUGUAAUUGAUACAGUAAUUGAAAUUAAGGGAUUCUUGACAACAUUGCCCUCAAGGAUAUUAUAAAUAUCCUAAAUACAUUAUAAUAUAUCAUGUGAAUGUAGUUUGCACUUUAAAAGUAAAAUGCACACAAAGUAUAUGUAAACAGUAUAGCACUGACAACGGCGAAAAUUGCUCGCUCAAAUUCUCUGUAUAAAUAAAUCAAUAAAUAUGUAUAAAUAUAUUAAUUUGUUUCUUUUGAAA